AUGGGAGGCGGGGCUGGGGCCGAAGUGGGUGGAUUUACUCCGUUUCCACGUGGGUCGACUGGUCCCAAACAGUCCCGUUAAAAGUGGCAGCGAUCAUCCUGAGCGAGAGCUCCGAGUGCGGAAAGGCAAAGCAAAGUCACCAGGGGCUGCAAGGAGAGCCUCAGCUGGACAACCAGCAUUCAAGGAAAGAAAGAUAAUUCAGGUCCGUAUGCCCCCCCACUGACGGGCGGUGAUUUAUUAUUGUAACGAGUAAUAGCAAAACUUCACACACGCUGACAAGGCGAGGAACUUCUUAUCGUGGGAACUGACACCAUCUGAACAGCCUUUUCCGGAAUCUGUCUCUCUCUCUCUCUCCAUCCAAAGUGCUGCGGGAUGUCGCCUCUCUCUCUCAUCCUCCUGACCAUCGAACUGUUUGGCUUCUCCGCACCUUCCAAACCCCAUCGGUUCGAUAGGACCCUGUUUCUUAUAGCUGAGAGCGACCGAGGAGGCUUGUGCAACAUUGACUGCUCCAGAGCUCAACAGAAACCAGUCUGCGGGAGUGACAGGAAGCUCUACAAAUCCCACUGUGCCUUCCAGCGAGCAAAAUGUAGGGACCCGACCCUCGAAACAAUGCCACGGAGUCGAUGCAGUGAUAGGGCUACAGUAAGAUGCCAAGAAGACAGAGCCCAAGCACUGGCACAGUCGAGGAGGGCAACGGACUCCAUCAUUGUACCAGAAUGCAACGAGGAUGGCUCCUUUGCAGAGGUUCAAUGCCAUAAGUUGACGGGCUAUUGCUGGUGUGUCACACCUGAGGGCAAACCAAUCAGUGGAUCUUCAGUCCACAACCGGACUCCAACCUGUUCAGAUUCUACAAAGGACAAAACAUCCCAGCGGGGUCGUGACUCUAGCAGGCUGGAGCAAGGAAUAAAGCUUCGGCCUACUGCAAGAACCCUGAUUCGCAACACAGGUAAAGGUGAAGCAUUGGAUCGUCACAAGCAGAGGCCUGUUGAAGACAGGCAUAAAGAUGCACUUCUCAUCUCCAAAAAUCCAGAACUUACGUAUCCAGCCCUAUUGUUUCUAUUCAGUAGAGAUGCCAAGUCGAACCGCAGUGCCAAGCUGGACCAGCCGGUUUCGUGUGAACAGGAGCGUCGAUCUGCCAUCGAAGAAGCAAAACAGCAUCAGUAUGAGGGCGCUUUUGUUCCACAGUGUAGCACAAGUGGAUUAUACAAACAGGUGCAGUGCCACCAAGCCACUGGAUACUGCUGGUGCGUUCGAGUUGAUUCAGGACACCCGAUCCAAGGCACGACUGCACGUAACCAGACACCUGACUGUGGCAGUGGUGCAAGGUCGAAAGUCUCUGAGAUGGGCCCCCUCUUCAGAGAUCGGAAACUCCAAGGUUGUCCUGGUGGAAAGAAGACUGAGUUUGUGACAGGAUUGUUGAAGUCCCUCAUCAUGGAUAUGGACCAAUCUGGUUACCAGCAAACAUGGAGAAGAGUUUCUGAAGGAUCAACUAGCUUUCUGUUGGAGGAUCGUGCCAUUCGCUGGUAUUUUGGGAGAUUGGACAAGGAUUUCAACAAUGAGAUCUCAGAGAAAGAGCUGAGGCCCUUUAAGAUUUACCUGAGGAAGAAUGCCAAGCCGAAGAAGUGCACAAGAAAGUUCAUAGAAUAUUGUGACCUUAAUGGCAGCAAAUCCAUUUCACUCCAUGAGCUGAAGGGAUGCUUGGGGUUCACCAAAAGCAGAAGUAGGCCUAUGUUUUAAUGACUUUCUGUCUUCAUGAUUCAUCAAGAUGAAGGAUGUUAGUGCUGGGACAUGGGGAAAAGGUAUAUGAUAGUAUAGAGUUUAUGUUACUGGAUUAGUAAUCCGGAAGUCUAUACUAUUAAAUCAGGGAUUGAAGCCUGAUUCUACUUCUUUAAAUAUUGCAACCCACCUUCCCAAUCUUAUCUGUUACCAAGUUUCUCAACUGCAAUAAGAAUAUAUACUGUAAAUAGUCUGGUACCAUGACUGGGCCAAUAUCAAUGCCAUGUACCAAGUUCCCAUGGUCAUUUCACAAUGCUUUUACAAUGAGGAGUGGAUUGGCUAUCACUGUACUGUGGAAGCCCCACAAAAACAGUGUAAUGAAGAUCAAGGUCAUCAGGGUGAAGGUCGGUUUUUGACCUAUUGCUUCAUUGUUGCUGGAAGUUAUGGAUCUUUUCUCUUAGUAAAUCUUAGCAGUCUGCUGUUAACCUCCAUUUUGCACGUUUGAAGCAAAAAGCUCUUCACUUCAGCAACAUCUGUUAAGUUGUAUAUUGUCCUUGUUUUGUAUUGCUUCAGUGUUUAGAGUUUAUUUGCUUACACAGUUUCACUGGACAGCACUGUUUAACAUCAGUAGCGAAGUCAUUUGCAAAUAUUUGUGUUUUGUCCUGUCACUUUUCAGUACAAAACAAGAGCUAUGCUAAGGUACAGUUUGGGAGGAACUUUGGAGGGAGAAGGGUCCACAUCUGUGACUUUUUGUUCUAUUUACUGUUUUAUAUAUCCAAUCUAGUGCAAGCAGUUGUGGUUUGAGACCUUUAGGUUCAUACACAACAUACAUAACAGAGGCCACAAAGUAUCCCUUCCACAGACCUAUACAUACUUCCCCCACACCCUUACACACACACAUACACCUACACACAGGCACAUACUCCCUCCCCCUCUCACAACAGUCUCACAUCCAUAUGGAUUAUUUGAGAGCCAGUAAGAACUUUAUUAGGAUUGCACGAACUCAUUUCACGUAGGACACAUUGCCAGAAGAGAGAGGAGACUUGUGUUCUCACAGAUCAUGAUCCUGAAUCUGUCCCAUCUGUGUAUCACAUGUUUUGAUCAUCCUGGUACUUCCUGGCAUUUCCCUUUCACUGAAGAGUGACAGUAUAAGGGAAAAGUAUGGAAGUAGAGCUAUUCCAGCAUCCAUACUGGUUGGGAAAGCCCUCUGUUAAGGUUUAUACUUUCAAUAGAGGGUUUCUGCUAUCACUAUGAAUGCUGGGAUAGCCUUAUCUCCAUUGCUCUUUCAUGCUUUCACUUGCUGUCUAGGAAGAGAAAGAAAGAACUGUCAUUUAUGUAGUAACUCGUCACUUCUCUCGGAAACACACCAAUGCACCCCAUACAAUGAAUUAUCUUGAAGUCAGUGAAUUGUUAGGGACUCUCUCAGCCCGAAAGCUGUUCAAAGAAAAAAAUUCUUAAAUAAAAAGGAAGAGAAGGCAGACAAUGAAGAUAAGGAGGAAGAAGAAGGCUGCUUUUCUGGCUUUUGGGGCAUAUGUGAUGAGUGUGCAGCUUUGGCACAGGUCGAUUCCCUCAGGUAAACAGUUUGCAAACAGAAAUUUUGCACCUAGGGACUGGCCUGUGUUGACAUUUCUCAUCACCCUGUCCCCUGCAGGGUGUUCACUUAACAGAAAUUGGCUGCAGAUCAGGGUCUAACCUGAAGGUCUGAGGCAAGCAGCCUUUCAAAGCUUUGUGCUAACCUGGGUUCCUGUUUGUUCACAUAUUUUUGCAGUUAAACAGUUCGCAAAUAUGGUAACAGAUGUCGGCAAGCUCAUAAAUCAAUGUGCCACAUGAUUUAAAUAAAUCCCGUGUGUUUGAAGUGAGUAAGAAUGUGACGAGUGAUUAAGUGGGCAUAAAAUUAGUUCAGUUUCUUUAGGAGUAGGGGGUAAAAUUUGACAGUGUAAUUGAAAAAAUGGAUACAUGCACAUUAAAGCUUUACAUUUUUUUUAUCA